GACGGGUGAACUGAGAGGUUGCGAGGGGCCUGAGACCUCAGCCGUGCCCUGGGACUUUGGGCGAACAUGGCCCCGAUAUGGGCCUUUCUCCUGGUUCUUGCACCUCUGCUGGCUGCCUGGGAGCAGGAUGAGCCUGGAACUGACAUCCUAGAAGAAGCCGAGGAAACAGGAACAUGCAAAAUCCCCUCCCACUGGGACCCCAACCUGCAGUUUGCCCCUGAGAAGACCAGCUAUGCCUUGAAUGAUGUGGUGCAGCUGAGCUGUACUGGGGGCUACCAGCCGUCAGUCCCUGCGCUCAAGUGCGUUUCCAUCGGGAGCCAGACCUUGUGGAAUGGGACUGCUAUGUGUGAGGGAACAUGCCAAAAGCCUCGGUGGGGUCAAAAAGUCCUUCUGGAACCAGAUCACUCAACCUACAAAAAGAAUGAAGAAGUCAGUCUGAGCUGCCCGCGGGGCCUCCUUCCGGAAUUCUCCCUUGUCAAAUGUUCAGAGACUGACCCAGCUGUGGGCUAUACUAGAUCUGUCAAAGACGUGUGGCUUGGUAGAAACACCACAGGUCACUGGAUCCAAAUUCAGAAACCCGUGAAGUGUGUCAGAGCAUGCCAAAGGCCUCAGUGGGAUCAAAGUCUCCAGCUGACACCGGACCAUUCAAUCUACAAAAAGAAUGAAUUUGUCAAUCUGAGCUGCCCCUGGGGUCUCCUUCCAGACUUCUCCCAAGUUACAUGUUCAGAAGCUGCCCAGUCCAUGGGCUAUCCUGGAUCUACUAACAGAUACACGUGGAAGGGGAAAACAAGGACUGGUGACUGGAUCCAAAUUCAGACAGCUGUGAGGUGCACUGGAACAUGCCAAAGACCUCAAUGGGAUCAAAGUCUCCAGCUGACACCAGACUAUUUGUUCUACAAAAAGAAUGAAUUUGUCAUUCUGAGCUGCCCCUGGGGUCUCCUUCCAGACUUCUCACAAGUUGUAUGUUCAGAAGCUGCCCAGUCCAUGGACUACCCUGGAUCUACCAACAGAUACAUGUGGAAGGGGAAAACAAGGACUGGUGACUGGAUCCAAAUUCCGACAGCUGUGAGGUGCACUGGAAUGUGCCAAAGACCCCGAUGGGAUCAAAGUCUCCACUCCAGCGGCGCUCACGGCAUCUCCCGGUCGCAAGGCACGGCCGUGCUCCCGCUGCGCCCCAUCGYGCAGCCCCACGCGGCACAGAGCGAGCACCAGCUCGUCGUUGCCCAGGGCCAGGAGCCCUCCGCGCUGGCCGGCGUCUGCUCCGCGGAGCUGCAGCCCUUCAACGCCAGCCGGCAGCCGCGGGCGUACGUGGCCGCCGUGCUCAACCUCACGGCUCCCACCGACUUCGUGCUGGGCGACGGCUCGCGCCGCCACGGCUACUACAACGCUCCCCUGCAGCCCGACGGCAACUACACGGUCCUGCUGCGCCUCGUGCGCCGCGGGCAGCAGGCGGAGAAGUUCACCUGUGUCGGCUACAGSGUCUCUGCUGGACAGGAGCCGAUCUCUCAGCUUGUCAGGAUGGUGGUGGUUAUAGCAGUGGUGCUGGUCGUGGCACUCCUGGCCCUGGGGAUUUUGCUGCUCUUCAGGAGGAAGCGUAGCACUUCAAAAGCCUAUGAGAGGAACAGCACCAUCCCCAUGAGGAAAUGCCGAGGAGGUGCAAACAAGAUGAAUACACGGGUCCCAGUGGAGGAACUGCUGGACGUUCUGAAAAAGUUCAAGAGGGAAGAAUUAGAGGCAGAGCAAACAGACGAUGAAUCAGUGAACAGGCCUGGUGCUGGGCGUCUGGGAGAGUAUCAGAACCUGGUCUCCACUUUGCUGCAUCCCUGCGAUGCUGGGAAGGAACUAUGCAAUCAGGACAAGAACCGCUACAAGAACGUUGUCCCAUAUGAUCACUGCCGUGUGGUGCUGCAGUCCUCUGGCACUGGCAAUGACUACAUCAAUGCCAGCUACGUGGAGAGCUACCAGAGUCCACGCUUCUUCAUUGCAGCUCAAGGCCCCUUGCCUGGAUCCGUGGUGGAUUUUUGGCAGAUGAUCUGGCAGGAGAAGACUUCAGUCAUUGUGAUGCUGACAGACUUAGUGGAGCAGAACAAGACCAAGUGUGAGCAGUACUGGCCAGAGCAGGAGCAGGUCUACGGAGACUUCACAGUCACAAUCAACAACACGAGGUCCACCACAGGUCUCAUCACACGCACGUUCUGCCUGAAGAAGACAGGCUGUGCUCUCCCAAGAAUGGUGGAGCAGCUUCACUAUCUGCUAUGGCCAGAUCAUGGGGUCCCCAGGAACCCUACCCAGCUCCUGUACUUAGUGGAGAAGGUGAACAGGAAGGUGUCAGAAAACCCUACUGGUCCUGUGUUGGUUCAUUGCAGUGCAGGGAUUGGGCGGACUGGUACCUUCAUUGCCUUGGACUUCCUCCUGAAGAUGGGAAAGGCCCAGGGCAAGGUGGAUGUGUUCCAGUGUGUGCAGAAGCUGCGGGAGCAAAGGGUCAGCAUGGUGCAGACCAAGGAGCAGUACACCUUCUUGUAUGAGGUGUUGCUCGAAGGCCUGCUCUGCGGCAGCACCGGGGUCCCCGUGGAGAGUAUCAACAGCCACAUCAGCCACCUACGAGAAGCUGAGACCCAGAGGCAGAACAUGCUCGAGAAGGAGUUCAAGGCCCUGCAGAAGUUUUCCGAGUUCUUCCAGCUCCUGCCAUGCAGAGAAGCAGAGAAACCCAGCAACCAGCCCAAGAACCGCAAGCCAGGGAUCCUGCCAGCGGAUUCCUGCCGGCCCAUCCUCAUGUCCUCCCUGAACGCAGAUGGCUCCCCAAGUUACAUCAACGCAGUGUUCACCGAUACAUACACUGAGGAAGACAGAGUCAUCGUUACCCAGCUGCCGCUUCCAGACACACUGGUGGAUUUCUGGGCUCUGGUCUGGGAUUACACCUGCACAUUAGUGGUCAUGCUAAACCAACUCCAGGAGCUGGACCAGACAUACGUGGAGUUCUGGCCUGCCCAGGGGGAAGCUAUUUACGGCCGUUUCCAUGUCCAGAUGAUCUCAGAAGAGCCUGGAGCUGGCUUCACAGUCUGGACACUUGCUCUGACCAACAGGCAGCAGCCCAAGAAAUGUGCACUGAAAGUCCAGUUCUGUCAGCUGGAGGACUGGCCUAUGAAGCAAAACCUUCCCCCAUGCCCUGCCACCAUCAUCAGCUUGCUGGGGAAGGUGGGGACACACCAGCGACAGAACCAAGAUGCACACAUACUCGUCACUUGCUGGGACGGUGCCAGUCGAAGUGGGAUCUUCUGUGCUGCCAAUUUCAUCUGUGAGCAGAUCCAAAGUGAAGGGCUAGUGGAUGUGUCCCAGGCCGUGAGGAUGUUGAAGAGACGGCGGAGACAGAUGAUUAAGGAUGUGGAACAGUAUCAGUUUUGCUACGAACUGGCUCUCGUUUACUUGAAUUCAUUUGAAACCUAUGGAAACUUCAAGUAGAGAUAUGGCCACCUCUCAUCUCUGGCCAGGACUCCAUCUCUCUGCCAGUGACUCUGGAAACCAGAGGAGAUAGGAUGGGUGUACACUUUACUCCUGUAUCAUUUGCAGCUGGACAAGCCACAUUGGUCUGUCUCCAAGUUGUGUGGUCACUGAUCAGACUUUGAAGCUGGAACCCUGCCCUUUGCCCAGAGUUUGGAUUGGAACUUACUUGUACUUGCAGCCUGGAUGUGCAGGCUGGAGAGGAGACUCUGAGAUUUGACCUGGGAUGGAAAGAACAAGUUGCCCUGGAUCCCCUUUCCCUUUAGGCGGCUGUAUGGGAGAAGAAGUAGCUCCACCAAUACAAGAUUAUUCCACCAAUUGAUCAAAUGAUCUGUCAUAUCUACAGGGUUCAGGAGCCUGAUCUCACUGUCCUGCACUGGGAUAAGCAGAAAGCCCAAGGCCAGGAAGAGCUAGGGAAAGGAAAAAACACAGCCUUGUAGGACUCUCCUACUUCAAAAUCCCUUCCUCAAAAGUGCUGUGUUGAUUGUCCCAGGUGCUAUAGUUUUACUAGCUCUGGGGAGGUUCCCUCACCAUUUUUUCUGUCUCUACUACAGUGGUCCCUCUAACUUAGCAUCUAGGUUUGGGUACCUUUAGAAACAUGGAAUCAUUAUGGUUGGAAAAGACCUUCAAGAUGAUCGAGUCCAACCAUUAACCCAUCACCAUCCUGCCUGUUAAAUCAUGUCCCUAAGCACCUCAUCUACAUGUUUCUUGAACUCUGCCAGGGAAAGUGACUCCACUGCUUCCAUGGGAAGCCUGUUCCAAUGCUUCACCACUCUUUCUGUGUAGAAUUUUUUCCUAAUAUUUAACCUGAAUCUCCCCUGACAAAUCUUAAGCCCAUUUCC